AUGCUAGAAAAGGCGGGAGAACAAACGGCAAGCUGGAGUACUUUGCUGGUGUUUAUGCUCAGUUCUCGUCUGGAUCCUGUAACUCUCCGCCAUUGGGAGACCCACCGGAAAUCGACGCUGGUUCCUAGCUACACCGAUCUCGUGAAUUUUCUGCGCAAUCAUAGUCUCGUCCUGCAAUCCCUUGACGCUUCCAAAGGCCGAUCAUUCGAUUCCUCUCGCUUAUCCACACAAGCUAAGCCGAACCUAGUGCAUUCAGCCGUUACCGCUCAGAAAUCAUGCCCCUUCUGUAAACAGUUAGCCCACUCACCAUAUCAAUGCGAAGUGUUUCGUAAAAUGACUCCCAUUCAACGAUUUGAAGCCACAAAGAAAAACGCUCUCUGUAUCAACUGCUUGUCACCUUCGCAUCUCGUCAAGGCCUGUACGAGUGGUACUUGUCGCGUCUGCCAGCAAAGACACCAUACGAUGCUGCAUCAAAGACCCAUCGUCCCAAACAGCCAAUCGGUUCCACCCACCAAACCAACAGAUCCACAGACUUCGUCUUCGUACACUCCGAACAAUCGUCAGCAGUCUGCUUCGUCGAGCAAACAGUCAUUGCAACCGGAAAGCCAAACCCAAGCCACCGCGGUCCCUGCCCCACAAACCAGCCACUUUUCGAUGCCCUUCACCGAUGCCGAGCAUAUCGUUCCUGCUACCGUUCUACUGUCGACAGCUCUGGUGAAAGAAGCAUACACAGCUUUCAUACACCAGUACGUGCAACUCGGACAUAUGCAGCCAAUAUCGGAUGCGGAAACCCAUACACUUCCAUCGUACUAUCUGCCUCACCACUGCAUCGUCAGACCUGACAGUAUCACCACGAAAUUACGUGUGGUUUUCGAUGCGUCAUGCUCAAGCGACAGCGGUGUCUCACUCAACGACGCGCUUCUGGUUGGUCCUGUCAUCCAAGAUGAUUUGCUGUCUAUCGUUCUGAGAUUCCGGAUGCCGCAGUUUGCAAUCAUCGCCGACAUUGAAAAAAUGUACCGGCAAAUCAGGGUGAGGAAGUGUGAUCAUCCAUUACAACGGAUUCGAUGGAGAGAUUCCGCAACCCAACCGCUGCAAACGUUUCAACUUACAACGGUUACGUACGGAACAUCUUCGGCUCCGUACCUCGCGACUAAAUGUCUUCAGAAAUUAGCUGAAGAUGGGUCCGAUAGUCAUCCAGAGGCAGCAAUGGUUCUUGGGCGUGACUUUUAUAUGGAUGACAUGCUUACUGGAACAGAUAGCAUCGAAGAAGGUCAGGAGCUCUGUCAACAGCUAAUCGACCUGACUAAUUCCGCUGGUCUACCCCUGCGGAAAUGGGCGUCGAACAGCGCGGCUGUUUUAGCAGUCAUUCCACCACACCUGAGAGAUGAGCGCACCCUUUUCGAACUCGACUCUGCUGCUGCUCCCAUAAAGGCGUUAGGAUUACAAUGGGAUACUAUUACGGAUGAGUUGCAGUUUAAUGUUCCAAAUUACAACACACAACUACCAGUGACCAAGCAGAUAGUACUUUCGGAUAUCGCCCGCCUGUUUGAUCCAUUGGGUCUAGCUGGGCCAGUGCUGGUACAAGCAAAGUUGUUUCUCCAAGAUCUAUGGCGAGAUGGCUGUGAUUGGAAGGAACCGCUAAACGAAAAUCGUCAACAUCAGUGGCUGGAACUUCGGGAUAGCUUUCAGCACUUGGCGGCCCUCAGAAUCCCUCGAUGGGUCGUUGCAACUACCGGAGUCCUCCGUGCUGUGUCGUCGACAGGCAGCAUCCAGGUCAACCUGCUUACCGCUAAAUCCAAAAUAGCACCAAAUGGCAAAAGCAAAAGAGCAGGAGUCGUUAGUCUUCCACGUUUGGAACUGUGUGGAGCCCUGUUAUUAAGCCACUUAUUCGAGAAGGUCGAGUUCAGUCUGAAACUUAAGGCCCAGAACUUCUUCUGGACGGAUUCGGAAAUCACGCUUUACCAAAUUACAGCCAGUCCCUCACGUUGGAAAACGUUUGUCGCAAACAGAUGUUCCGAAAUCCAGCGUAUCACGGCGGAUGGCAUGUGGUCGCAUGUUCCUGGCUCGGAAAACCCGGCAGACAUAAUCUCCCGAGGAAUGUGUCCAGAACAGCUGCAAAACUGCACAGGCUGGUGGCAUGGACCAGAUUGGUUAUCGCAACCAUCACGCUUUUGGCCGCCACUGGGGCGGCCGACAAACCGAAUCUUCAGUCCCGAAGAGCUUGAAGAACGAACGGUUUCGCUUCCUGUGCAAAUACAAUCACCAAACGAGUUAUUUUUGUUGUAUUCCAACUACUUUAAGCUCGUUCGAACCGUAGCUUGGAUACAAAGAUUUGCUCACAACGCAAGAACCAAAGAUAAAGUAAACCAUCGUAAUGGAUUUCUCUCGAGCGCGGAAAUCAAGGAUGCUACCCUGCUACUCGUCAAACUCGCUCAACAGGAACACUUCGCCCAAGACUUGGCGGAAAUCUCUCGAAAUGGACAAGUUAAGUCAAAUUCUCGCUUGAAGUCGCUGUUCCCAAUACUCGUAAAUGGUGUGAUCCGUGUAGGUGGCCGGUUACGCCACGCCCCUGUUCCGUACGAUCAACGUCACCCUAUGAUUCUGCCGGACAAGCAUCGUCUCACAGAAAUGGUAAUGGUGCACUACCACCGGAAACUCCUACACGCCGGACCGCAGCUUCUGGCAGCUGUUGUACGGGAACGGUUUUGGCCGCUUCGUAUACGGAAUCUCUCUCGUCGAGUAGUUCACGCAUGUACCAAAUGCUUCCGGUGCAAACCCAAGGUCUUAGAACAGCUAAUGGGAGAAUUACCGGUAGAACGUGUUACACCCACCUUCCCCUUCGCUCAUACUGGAGUGGACUAUUGUGGUCCAUUUUCAUAUCGACCAACCCGCCGUGCUACUGCCAUCAAGUGCUAUGUCUCUGUGUUUGUCUGCCUCGUAACAAAGGCAGUGCAUCUGGAAUGCGUAUCCGAUUUGACCACUAAUGCAUUUAUCGCGGCACUCAAACGAUUCGUGGCACGUCGGGGCAAACCCAAAAUGAUCGAGUGCGACAACGCCCUCAACUUUCAAGGUGCUAAGCGAGAGCUAAAAGAGUUAGCUCGUUUGUUUCGGUCGCAGCAGCACCAGGACCAAGUUCCUCGCAGCUGUUCGGAAGACGGAACAACUUUUAAAUUUAUACCUCCCAGUCUCCAGAAUUUUGGAGGGCUCUGGGAAGCCGCAGUAAAGUCGAUGAAGAGCCAUCUACGCAGAACUGUGGGCAAUGUGAUCCUCUACCAGGACGAAUUUCAGACUGUUUUAGCCCAAGUCGAAAGCUGCUUAAACUCUCGUCCGUUGACACAGUUAACAUCCGAUCCAAAUGAUCUGGAAGUGCUCACACCGGGGCAUUUCUUGGUGCACAGAUCCCUUACCGCUAUACCGGAGCCCAGUCUAAACGACAUCCCGACAAACCGACUAGACCGAUACCAACAGACUCAGGAGUACGUCCGAAGAAUUUGGAACCAGUGGCAGUCCGAAUACUUGUCCGGGCUACAACCCCGUACGCGUUGGACUCAGCGGCGUAACAACAUAAAUGUCGGAACUUUGGUUCUGGUGAAGGAGGAGAACCUUCCUCCACUGAAAUGGAGAAUAGGGCGGAUCACGAAGAUCUUCAUGGGAGACGAUAACUGCAUUCGAGUCGUCGAUGUGCGAACGAAAGACGGCGAAUACCGCCGUGGAAUAUCGAAAAUCUGUGUGUUGCCCAAUCAAUUCGACGAUGGUGACACUGUCGACCAACCUGGAGGAAACUGA